GUCGGGUCGUUUUUCUUCUUGCAAUUUGACCUGACCCGAGUAAGAGUGUGAGCUGCGAGGUUUGCGGCAGAGACGGCCGCAAAAGCUUUGCUAUAGCAAAUUCUCAUCGCUGAACCUUCUUCGGGGAUCCAACCCAGUCAUGGCUAACAACAGCGGAAACACAACUGCAAGAUCAUUUCUUCAGGUAGCCUCAACUGAGGAGGUAGCUCCUCCUCUUCGAGUUGUACAAAUCGAGGGACUGGUUAUCUUGAAGAUCAUCAAACACUGCAAGGAGUUUUCUCCGGCAUUGGUCACUGGUCAGCUUCUUGGGUUGGAUGUUGGUAGCAUUCUCGAAGUUACAAACUGUUUCCCUUUCCCGAUUCGGGAGGAGGAUGAAGAGAUUGAAGCCGACGGUGCCAAUUACCAGCUUGAAAUGAUGAGAUGCUUGAGAGAAGUUAAUGUUGACAACAAUACAGUUGGAUGGUACCAAUCAACAUUGUUGGGUUCUUUUCAAACUGUGGAAUUGAUUGAGACCUUUAUGAACUACCAGGAAAAUAUUAGGCCAUGUGUAUGUAUCAUUUAUGACCCUUCAAGAUCCAAUCAGGGUGUCUUAGCUCUCAAGGCCUUGAAACUUUCAGAUGCCUUCAUGGAACUGUACCGCAGUAAUAAUUUUACUGGGGAGAAGUUGAGGGAGAGAAAUUUGUCUUGGGUUGAUAUUUUUGAGGAGAUUCCUAUCAAAGUUUCAAAUUCUGCACUUAUCAGUGCCUUUAUGACUGAGCUAGAAGCUGAUUCACCCAUCACCCAGUGUGAUUAUGAUCGUUUGCAAUUAUCAACCAAUCCAUUUAUGGAGAGAAACGUUGAAUUCUUGAUUGAGUGCAUGGAUGAAUUGUCAAUGGAACAGCAGAAGUUCCAAUUUUACUAUCGGAACCUUUCACGCCAGCAAGCUCAGCAACAAGCAUGGCUUCAGAAGAGAAGGUCAGAGAACAUGGCACGUAAAGCUGCAGGAGAAGAGCCUUUGCCGGAGGAGGAUCCUUCAAAUCCCAUUUUUAAGCCAAUCCCUGAGCCAUCACGGUUGGAUAGCUUCCUCAUCACCAAUCAAAUUGCAAACUUUUGCAACCAAAUAAACGGGGUCUCUGGACAGAGUUUCAGUCGAUUGUAUUUGAUGAAGGCUUUGCGAGAAAGUUGAUAUUUUUUUUAACCUAGGAAGUGUUUAUUUUUUGAAGAAACAAGAGAAUGCCUUUUCUGUUUGCAAAAAAUGAAAAAUUUUGGAGGGGGAAAGCUGUCCUUGGAUUGUCGUCAUCUUUUUUUGUAAGUGACUGUAGAAUGAUAGUUUAGUAUUGUUUUGCUUUUAUUUGUCAAUUGAAUUUGGGAAAGUUUACUUGAUUUAUAAA